AUGUCCAAGCUUCGUAUAAGACGAAUUGCAGCAUUUUACUGUUAAUUAAGUUAAUUGAAACAAAAUGUGUGGUUACUGUUAACUUAAUCGAUUUAUAGUUUCUUAUCUUGGAAUAUAUUAAGAGGGUAAUUGAGAGGAGCACGAAGCCAUAAGGGGGAAAGGACCCCACGGUCAGAAACGUCACUGACACCUCGUGACCAAUGACAAGCCAGCAUCCCCAAUAAAGAGAAGCGCUCGCGAGGCCCUUCACCACAGUAGAAGAAUUUCCUCAAGAAACACAGACCAACGGGAAUAUACGCAGAUCUAUAUAUUCGCAGAAUAUAAUCAGACUCUUCAGCAGAUCAUGGUUACUCCAAAAAUGGCAAAUCGACGAGCAGCGAAAAGAAUCUUGAAACCCGUGAUAGAGAAGAAACGGAGAGACCGGAUCAACCAGCGUUUAGAUGAGCUGCGAACGCUUCUCCUGGACAACACUCUGGACUCGCGACUUCAAAACCCCAAACUGGAGAAGGCUGAAAUUCUGGAAUUAACUGUUGAAUACAUUCGGACAAAAGCCACAGCUGCCAGACAUAGUCUAGGCGACUCUAACAAAGACCCGGACCCACAUGAUGCUAACGCUCCGGCUCUGCUCUCAAGGAGACCUCACGUACCCUUCGCUUCGGUCCCCGAGUCUAUCAAUGUCCAGAAGCAGAUGCCCUCCAAUCCCCUCUACAACGCUGGUUUUAAGGAGUGCGUCUCCCGCCUGGCCAGCUUCAUCGAAUGUGUUGAGCCUUCCCAGCGAGACAGCUUCGUUCAAGGCCUGUGUCACCACCUCGACUCCUACAGCAGUGCUCUUUCCCAGGGAAGAGUUUCCAGCCAAGCUGCCCACCAUCCGUGGAUCCCGAAUGCAGAGUUGACAUGCAGGACGGACGUCCCUGCGAUAGGACCCAUGAGAGCCACCGCUGAGCCCUUUUCCUACACCAGUAGUUUGUAUCCUCAAUCUUUUAUGCUCCAUCCCACAGGACAGGCCAUGACGCAUCCCUACCUCUCCCCUCCAUACUCCGUCUCUCCUCCACCCUCUCCUUGUUACUCAAGCAGCUCUCCCACAUACCUCUCUGUCCCCUGCCAUUUCCCUUUCUCUCCCACCUUCUCUCCACUCUCCAGUGACUCUUCGUCCUCAUCCUUCAGUCUCUCGACCCCUGCCGUGUCUGUGGUCCCAGGACCUCAUGUUCAGGUCUCUGUGGGCUCCCCCACUGGCUCGACUCGCUCUUGCCAGCCCCGGACUCUGAGACGAGCUCUGUUCCACAACCAGCCACAGUCUGUGUGGAGGCCCUGGUGAGCAAAACCCAAAACACUUAGUGACUCCGAGCAACAUCGUGCCAUCAGAUCUCCCUUCAGGCAUUGAGGAGACUUGUGAUAGAGUCUGGGCUUCACAUGGAAAAGAAAUGGAAGUGAAUGUGCUGUGCUGUGCACGAGUGCAAGUGAAGGCGAAGUGAGAAACAUUAGGAGCUCUGUGAUAAUCGCACGUGACUCGGCUGUUUUUAUUGUUCAUGUAUAUGUCUUUGCUAUAACUCGACUGUCACAUUCUUUCUUUGUUCUGCACACAACUUUCCUACCUAAAAUUCUUUAUUGUAUACAAAUUGUGUAUAUAUAGAUAUUUAUAUUUAUUUUGUCCCUGUUGUACAUUGUAAAUUAACU